AUGGGAAUGGAGCUGAGGCGGGCAGGGAGCGAGACAAGGCUGCAUGGGGGCAGUGGCCCUGACUGCCCCUCUGGGAGCAUAUGCGGAGGCUGCGCCUGGGCCUUACUAGACCCCAGUUCUGCCACACCUGAGGCCUGUGAUCCUGGAUCCUGCCUGCAUCUGCCGGGGGUGCGGGGGCCUCUCCUCACCUGGCGUAGCUUGCUCACUGUGGCCCCACGCUGGGCCCCCGAGAGCCCUGUGUUUGGUGGUGACAAUUCUCCGCCUGUCUGUGCUUUUGCAGUGUGUGAUAUUCCUCUGUAUGACAUCUGUGACUACAACGUCUCCAGGGACCGAUGCAAGGAGCUUGGCUGCUGCUUUUACAAAGGCGUCUGCUAUGAGAAGGCAGUUCCCAUUUAUGUGCAAGUGUUCUCUGCCUUGAUCGUGAUCAUCGCUGGGGCCUUUAUCAUCACCAUCAUCUACAGAGUGGUUCGAGAGAGCAGGAAAGAAAAGGAGUCUACGGAGGCUGCGCCCUCUGGCAAGACCAGUGAGAAAGACAUGGCCCCGUCCAGCCCUCACUCGGAGAUGAAGACAGGCACUCCGGACUCCACGAAGAAGAGCAGCGAGGCCCAGGAAGACGCCACAGUGACAAUAGCAGAAGAGGAUGAAAACGAGGAUUGAGAUGAAGAAGAAGAGGUGAGGAUGGCAGAAAGGCCCAGACGGGACGCAGGGCCAGUGAGCACUGCUCAGUCACCAACCACAGUGACUGCUGAU